UUAUAUAGAGAGAAAUUCAUUAGCUAUGCAUAUGUACUAAUUAAUAUGUAAAAUAAUAUCCCACAUCAAGUACAGAGCCGUAAAUAAAGGUCAGAUUAAGAUGUGAUUAUGGGACCAAGUGCUUCUUGGGCCACCCCAAACUUCUUGUCACUGAGAGACUGUCCCAAAAAACCCUGACCACAGUCCUGCCUGAUCCAAAGCGCAGUUUAGCCAUGCCAGGCUGCAAACUGACACCCCUGUGCCCACUGUACUAAGUAUAAUGGCUCGAAUAAGGAAGUGGCUCUUGGGAUGGGAUUAUGGCUAGAAAUCCUGUUUUUUGGGCAACCCCACAUCGUACCUCUGUGGCACCGGGGCAGUCUCCUGGACACAUCUGACCAGAGUCUUGCCUUGUGCACAGCACAGAUUGUUCAUGCUAGGCUGCGAAGUGGCAGCCUCCAAUGCCUACUGUACUAAAUACAGUAAUGGCUUGAAUAAGGAACUGACUUCUGGUCUGAGGUUAUGAUUGGGAAUCCUUUUUGGGCCACUCCACCCCAUGUCGCUGUGCCACCGGGGGACUCUGGCUAUACUUUGGCCAUGCCAGGCUGCCAACCGACAGCACCUCAACCACUGUUCUAAGUAUAAUGGCUCAAAUAAGGAACUGGUUUUGGGCUUGGGUUAUGCCUGGAAAUCCUUCUUGGGUCACCCUACACCAUGCCUCUGUGGCACAGGAGAACUCUCCUGGACAUCUCUGGCAAGGGUCUUUCCUGGCCCAAAGCGCAGUUUGUGUAUACCAGGCUGCCAACUGACAGUUCCCCCAUGCCCGCUGUACUAAGUAUAUGGGCUCAAAUAAGAAACCAGUUUUGGCUGGGUUUAUGGUUGGAAAACUUUUUUGGGCCACCCCACAUCAUGCCUCUAUACCACCAAGGGACUCUCCUGGACAUCUCUGACUAGAUCGUCUUGCCCAGCCCAAACCAUGGCUUGGCCGUGCCAAGCUGCCAGCUGACAGACCCCUCCUCCCCUCCCCUGCUUCCCACUGUACUGAGUAUAUGGGCUGAAGUGGGGAAUUAGCUUUUGGGCUGGGAUUAUGGAAGGAAAUCUAUUUUGAGCCACCCCACACCAUGACUCUGUGGCACCAGGGGACUCUCUUGGACAUACCUGACCAGAGUCUCACCUGACCCAAAACGUGAUUUUUUGGUGCCAGCCUGCCAACUGACAGCCCCGCAUACCCACUGUACUAAGUAUAAUGGCUCAAAUAAGGAACUGGCUCUUGGGCUCAGAUUAUGUCUGGAAAUCCAGGUUGGACCAUUCCAUGUCAUGCCUCCGUGGCACUCUCCUGGACAUCUCUGACCUUAGUCUUUCCUGGCCCAAAGUACAGUUAGGCCUUGCUAGGCUGCCAGCUGACAGCCCCACAAGCCACUGUACUAAAUAUAAUGACUUGAAUACGGAACAGUUUUGGGGCUGGGAUUAGAGAUGGAAAUGCUUCUUAGACCACCCUACACCCAGAGAUGUGGGGCGGAAAAUUUUCCAAUGCUUUAUUUUCUGUGGGAAAUUUUCUAUUUUAAAAAAUUCAUUGUUUCAUAAAAUUCAUUAGUAAAAAUGGAUGGAUGCCAAUACAAUAUUAGGCAAGCUUGGCAGUUUCAAAGUUGUAAUUAAUGUUUUUCAGGUGAUUAUCCCUAGGAAUUGUGUGAGAGAGUACACCUAUGUUUUAUUGAUUUGUAAACAGGAGAGUAAAUACACUCACACAAUAAUCCAAACCAAAAAUCAAGUUAUGAAUUCACCUAAUUGGCUGUGUAUGUCAAAUAAAAAACAAAGCUAAAAUUCUUAUUUCAUCUCAGACUGCAAGUGAAAGCAAAACCAAAACUGUGAUUAAUUUUUGUUUCUUUUUUAGUUCAGCAAAUACACAAAGCAGUGUCUCAUUUCUUUUCUUGAGUUGGGGAAGUUGGAAGUGUUUGCAUAAGAUCUGUUAGGUUUUUUUUAGUGCUUUUGGUUUGAAGUAGUCAUAAUAAUGCCUAACCCCCCCAAAAAAACAACUGGUGUGUAGCAUCAUUAUAGUGAAGUUCAAGCCACUGAAGGAAGGAAGGAAGUUGGUAGAUGUAAAUAUUGAGGGCAGGAGUAUGCUAACAACGCAGCAAGAAUGAAGAAACAUUUAAUAGCAUGUAGAAACAGCCCUGAAAGAGUACAAGCCACAUACAGAAAGCACAAUGAAGUGGUGGAAAAACAUCAUCUGAGAAAAGUCUACUUCAGGAAUCCUAUGAACUUGGUAGCUCAAGUGAAAUAGUAGAUUCGCAAAAAAUGGAAAACGAAAAUGUUGAGCUGCCAGGUCUGGGGGAAGAAGAAGCAGGAUCCUCGCUUUCAAGAUCACUGUCACCAGAUAUGCGAUCCACCACGAGUAGCUGUUCAAAAUAGUCAAGCUUUUUAUCAGGGUUUGUGGACAAAAUGUCAAAAGGACAUCAAGAAAAAGUAGAUGAGACAUUAGCUCGAGCUAUAUUUGCAAGUGGUAUACCUCUUUCCAUAACUGAAAAUCAAUAGUGGAAGGAACAUUAGAAACUAAUUUACCACCGCCACAUUGUUGCUUAUCACAUUCUUUCUUGAAUAGAGAGUAUGACUGAGUUCAAACAAUGGUUAUUCAAAGGAUUGGUCAAGCAGAAUCACUGACUCUGAUGUCAGAUGGAUGGACUGAUAUACAAGGAAAUCCUUUAUUGAACAUUAUGUUAGCGACACCUGAGCCAAUAUUCCCGAAAGCAAUUGCUACCAAAUCUUCUCAUCACACAGGUGUAUACAGGCUAUGUCCUUUGUCAGAAGAUUCAACCCAUGAGCAAGACAGCCAAAUACAUUAAAUGAGGAUACUUUGCCUUUAAUAUUUGCCAUGCAGCUUUCAUGUUACUCACAUUAUCAGAUACAAAGGCUUGUACCCUGGAGGGGCCUGCACUUUCAAUCUCUUCACUCAUAGCUAAAUUUAAUAAUUUGAUUUCACCUCAAGACAGAAAGGAGAAAUAGACUAACAAAUGAAUGCACUGCUAAGCUUGUUUCUGUUUCUCAAAAUCUCUUGCUUCUGGAGAAUCAGUCAGAAGCACAAUUAGUGAAGAAGAUGCAGUGUGAUGAAAAGUUGCCCUUGCCCAGAGACUCAUUGGUAAAACCAUCCUUUAGCGAAAGAGAAUGUGGUUCAAGUAGUUUUGAAUUAGAUUUGCCUCAGUCUGAUUCUGUGAUGGAACUAAUAAGUGCGAGUGAUUCUACAGACAGUGACAGUGAAACUGGAGGUGCCGCAGUGACCUCAGUGGAAGAGAGUUAAACUCUGUUGAAGUAAAUGAAUGGACAACCAUGAUAUAUCGUGCACAGUUCUUUGGGUGUGCUAAAAUUGACAAAAAGAGUGUGUGGUUUCUGCUCUACGUAAUGAGACUGGCUAUGUAGACCUAAAGUAGAUCAGCACACUUGUGGGUUUUUAAAGCUUUUCACUGAAGACUUUUGAGUUGCAGACAGAAGAAAUGGAUCUUGCAAAUGAAGAUGCAAUGCCGAAUACGAUGUUUGAUUGGGACUAUCUUCUGUGGGAAGUUCGUUUUUUUUUAGUAGUACUUGGCUUUUUCUUCUACUUAGGAGUGUUUCUUCUGUCUCACUUGUUGUCCUCCUGGAUCAGUGUCACUUACCGUACCUUGCCAUCAAAGGAGAAAGUCUUCUGGAACAUAAAAGUCACACGUGGUGUUUUUGGACUUCAGAGUUGGGUUUCUGGCUUGUGGGCCUUACUCAUAGAUCCUGUUUUUCAAGCUGACAAAGUAUAUUCACAGCAGAAAUGGAGCUGGUUUACCUGCUUAAUAGCAUCUGGAUUCUUCUUACUUGAAAAUGUAGCCGUUCAUUUGUCUAACUUUAUUUUCAAGACAUUUGAUGCAUUUGUAGUAGUACAUCAUUUCCUUGCCUUUGUUGGCUUGCUUGGUCUGAUACUUAACACCAAGUCUGGACACUACCUACCCUUGAUGGGCAUGCUACUUGAGAUGAGUACUCCGACCACCUGCAUCUCCUGGCUGCUUUUAAAGGCUGGCUAUUCUCAUACCAUUUUCUGGAAGGCAAACGAGUGGCUAGUGAUCCAUCUGUUUCACUGCCGUAUGAUGCUUACUUAUCACAUGUGGUGGGUGUGUAUUUCCAAUUGGAAUGAUGUGGUGGAAAACCUUGGACUUCUGUAUUUUAUCAUCUUAUUCCUGGGAUUAGCUUCUGUGUCAAUUAUUUUUAACCCUUACAUGACGUAUAAAAGGACUAUGCAUGUUGUCAGUCCAACUGACUGGAAUUUUCCACAUGCAGAAGUGAAAAAUGGACAGUUUGGGAAGCUGAAUGGUGAAACAAUCCAAAAGAAGAGGAUAUAAUACUGAAACAGCUGGCUGUUAGCUUAGAAGCAAAAUAACACCAGAAGAAUAUAAUGCAAGUAGAGCUGCACUGAUGCAUCAGUCUGAUAUCCGUAUCAGCCGAUAUCCCUCCUUAAAAAUUGGCUAUUGGUAUUGGCCUCCAAAAUCUCUAUUGGUGCACCACUAAAUGCAAGUUUUUUUAAUGAGUUCAAAAAAAGAAAAUUAGUUACAAUAACUCAGUGUACAUGUUGAUUAGUCUUUAACUUGCUAUCAGAAUUCCAUACUUGUAUACCAAAAGUGUUGAAAAGUAUAGCUUUUUUAUGUAUAUUCAUAUACACACACCAAAAAUCUUAGACUACUUUAUCAGGAUUUAUGCUGACAAUCUUUUACAAAUUGAAUGUUGUUGCUCCAUUCUGUAAUAAAAGGCAGCAAAAAUUA